UUCCUUCUUUACACGUAUACUUCGCUUUCUCCGCAUCCUACGAAUUAUGUGGAAAAAAUUUGCGAUAAAAAAAAGCAUGUACGUUAAAUGUCAAACGCACACAUGUAAGAAUCUUGUCGCGGGCACCGACACGCGUUUCAUUUUUAACCUCUUUUUCCCUCUCUCUCUUUCUCUUUUUUACGUUUGUAGUAAGCAGCGAGUGCCAAUCUGGCUGGCACAUCGUAAAUAUCGAGACAUAUAUGUCCCACGUACUGUGAAGGGAAUAUACAGCCUACAAUAGUCCCAUAUGCGUUUGACAAGCGUGCUCUACUGUAACCUGCAGCAUUGGACAAUCGACGCAUCAGGAAUAAUUACAGCGAUUACAGUGUAUCACUGAUUAUUGGACUACCCUAUAAUUAUAUUGACCAUGCGAUGAGUUGUAUUCAUGUGGAACGAUGUCUGUUCACCGCAAGACUCUAGUGUUGAAAUUAUCAUUUUGCACGCUGUACAUAAUCGGUAUCUUCAUCAUCGCCCGGCAGAUAUUUCGCGCCGAUGACAGCUCCAAGAGUUACAAGGAUCAGCUGCCAUUCCCCAGGGAAGACAAUAAUUCGCAGAGACAGAAGGAUGUGGAUGUCGCAUUGCAAAAGUUGCAGAGAGAAAAGUACGAGGACAAGAUAUUGAAAUUGGAGUAUAAUGUUGUACCUGGACUUGGGGAAAAUGGAAAACCCGCUUAUCUCUAUGGAAAGGAUAAGUUUCAAGGUGAAGCAGCUCUAAAGAAGAAAGCGUUGAACGUUAUUCUGUCAAAUAAGAUAUCGCUGACUAGAAAAUUGCCAGAUAUACGUAACUCAUUAUGCAUGAAUAUUACAUAUGACAAACUUCUACCAAGCGCUAGCGUAGUAAUUAUUUUUUAUAAUGAACCGUGGAGUGUUUUGUUACGUACGGUACACAGUGUCCUGAAGGGUUCUCCGCCACAUUUAUUGAAAGAAAUUAUCUUGGUUGAUGAUCAUAGCGAAGAAGAGGAACUUCAGGGGCAACUGGAUUAUUAUCUUUCAACGCGUCUGCCUGCAAAAGUAAAGUUACUGAGAUUAUCUCAUAGACAAGGACUGAUACGCGCUCGUCUUCACGGAGCUAGGAAUGCUAAAGGCGAUGUUCUUGUAUUCCUGGAUGCACAUUGCGAAGUUAUCAAAGACUGGUUACAACCAUUGCUACAGCGAAUAAAGGACAAUAAAAAUGCUGUAUUAAUGCCAAUAAUUGACAAUAUUUCCGAGGAAACACUAGAAUAUUUUCAUGAUAAUGAAGCAUCCUUCUUUCAAGUUGGCGGCUUUACCUGGUCGGGUCAUUUCACAUGGAUAAAUAUUCAGAAACAUGAGGUUGAGUCGCGUCCGUCUCCUAUAUCGCCAACUAGAUCUCCUACUAUGGCAGGUGGUUUGUUUGCUAUUAACAGAAAGUAUUUUUGGGAAAUUGGCAGUUACGAUGAUAAAAUGGAUGGCUGGGGGGGCGAAAAUCUGGAAAUGUCCUUCAGAAUCUGGCAGUGUGGAGGUACAUUGGAAAUCAUCCCUUGCUCCCGAGUCGGUCAUAUAUUCCGUAAUUUUCAUCCAUACAAAUUUCCAAAUGAUAAAGACACUCAUGGAAUAAAUACCGCUCGUUUAGCAUUUGUGUGGAUGGAUGGAUACAAGAGAUUAUUUCUUCUCCAUCGCAGUGAGUUCAAGGAUAAUCCAAAACUCUUUGGAGAUGUGAGCGAACGUUUGGAAUUGCGUAAAAGGCUCAAGUGCAAGAGUUUCAAGUGGUACCUUGAUAAUAUCUAUCCAGAAAAAUUUAUCCCCGACGAAGACGCGGUGGCAUACGGCCGUGUCAGAUUGCGAAAUAAACCAUUGUGUCUAGAUAAUCUGCAACAAGAGGAGGAUAAACCGUAUAAUUUAGGCUUAUACACUUGUCAUUCGAAAUUAUAUCCAAGUCAGUUUUUCUCGUUGAGCAAUGCUGGCGAAUUACGAAAGGACGAUUCUUGUGGAAUAAUAUUGGACGACAAUCAAAAACCGUACGCUCAAGUUCAAAUGAUCGAGUGCAAUAACGAAAACGAUGGAAAAGACUGGAUAUUGAGUAAUGAUGGCAGAAUAAUACAUGUAGAAAGUGGUCUCUGUCUCGAUGGUACUGGGCUGCAUAGCGACGACGAUGUACGAGCGUCCAGCUGCGCCAAUAUACCGGGUCAAUUUUGGAAAUUUGACUUUUACAACAAUGAAAUCUCUACAUAGCGUAUUUAUUGCACGUACUCGUCCAUUUAGAGUACAUGCACUAUCAAUUGUACAUUAAAUGAUUAAAAUUUUUUACUAUUU